CAAAGCCUGGUAAGUUGAUCCUUGGAUGUGCUCUCGAAGAUCAUGUCUGCAUUUCCGACCUCGAAGCCAUCUCGUCGGUGAAAUUCCUUCACCUGUGUAAAUCAAUUGCCAGAGACAUCAAGUUAUUAUAAACAUACAUGAGAUGAAGGCAUUGGGCAGAAUGACUCCUAACGCAAAUCUUUAUACUCUGGCAAGACGAGACGCUCAACAAACUCAAUGUACGAAAAAGGGACUGAUUCCGUUUUCCCAUCCGAGAAUUGGAAAGGUGCUGAAUCAGCCACCGAUGAGCUUUGCAGCAGAAGGCCAUCAGGGCUCACUACCCGGAAAACACAUCAACAGUUAGACUCCUCCAUUUCAGUAUUCAAAAAUGGCAAGCAAAACUUUAGUAAUCAGAACACCGAGGUUGCGUUUGAACUAGCUCUUGGAUACGAAGAGAAGUAUGAUAAGGAUUCACUGCCUGUUUUCGUUAAAGAAAACUGGUCAAAGAGUGUGGUAUGUUACACUUCUGUUGUCGAGAGAAAGAUGCCCCAGUUCCGAAAUGGAUCCUUGCCACUGUUGCAAACUCUGAUGAUUCCAUGUCUUUUCCAUGGGGGGGCAUGGGCAUUCCUGGAGUCCCUCCGUAUCCAAUCUUUGGGGAAGGACUUAGUUUCAGAAAAGAAGAAGCUUGUCAAAGGCGGGAAAACAUCCAACACCCUCCGCUACACUGGCUUUGUCCUCCCCUCAUCCUUUCUCCUAUUUGAGUGCAUUAAUGAUUUUGGAGAGACAUUUGGAGUGAAGAUGGAGCAAACAAAUCCAGCACUUCCGAGAAUGUGUAUCUGGAAAAAUAAAAUUUCAAAAAAGCCGUCGCACGAAGCCAUAAUCAAUGCACUAAACGCUGCCAAGAGUGUUAGGAGCAUUCUUCUUCCAGAGGGAAGUGAAAUACGUGCCCCUUGGAUCACACCUCCUAGCUUGCCUUCUGUUUCCAAUCCAACUCUUGGAGAAUUCGUAAGGGGAAUCCAAGGUGGUGACAAGCAUAUACAAUUAUGCCUGAAAAAACAACUUCUGGCCCCAGCAAGUGAAGAUGAAGUUGCUGUAGGAAGGAAUUCAUCAUCAGAUGAAGUUCACUCUUCAAGUGAGGGGUCAGAAGUCCCCUCCAAAAAGUAUGUCUUUAGGAGGAGAAAAAUAUCAAAGCUGAGCACCCCACUUGGAAAGGCUGAGCACAGACCUCUGUUGGAAACGCAGAGCCCUCAGUUGGAAAGAACAACCAAUAUCAAUGCUUCAUCUUUUAGUGGAAAUUCUAGUCAAAACUUGCCUGAUUCACUGAAAGAUUACAUUGAUGGUAAAUUUUCUGAGCUUCAAAAACGCUAUGGAAGGACUGACGAAGCGAAGGAAGAUGGGAAUAAAGAAGAGCCGGUGCAAGUGAAUAUGGUCGACCACUCUAUAUUUGAAGGGGUGGACCAUAAUGAAGAGGAGGAAAUAAAAGAUGGGAAGGAAGAAGAUGGGAAGGUCGAAGAGCCGGUGGAAGUGAAUAUGGUCGACCCCUAUAGUUUUGAAUGGGUGGACCAUAAUGAAGAGGAAAUAAAAGAUGGGAAGGAAGAAGAUGGGAAGGAAGAAGUUGGGAAGGAAGAAGAUGAGCCCAUGGCAGUUAAUAUGGUCAACCUCUCCAGUUUUGAAGGAAUUCCUAAAGAGAAAGAGGAAGAAGAGGGUGACCAAUUUAACCUUAAUGAAGAGGAAGAAGUAAAGGAUAGGAGUCCACCGAUCCAGGAAGAAGAAGAGGAAAAGUUUGCAGUUGAGGGAGAGACCAAUGAAGAUGAGAUGGCAAUGAGUGAUAAAAUUGUCCAUGAUGUUGUUGAAUUCUGCAAAUCAACUGAAAACAAUGUUGAUGAGAAACUUGAGUCCGAUGGUGACGUCUUGAGAGAACUGACAGAUGUGGAUGAAGUCGCUGCUGCACGGGAAUUGGGUCGAGGCCUCCGGGAGAAGAAACGAAGUAUUCAUAUAUCGAGCCCCUACUUCGCGUCCUUCGCCAAUGUACAUAAAAAGGUAAAGGUUAUCAAUAAUAAUGAGCUGGAUAAAGCCGAAGAAGCGCAACUCAACAUACGAAGGAACCCAUCCAGCCAACAACUUGAGGCCUUCCAUCAAUUCAUUCAGUCGGCAAUUGCUGAUGGGAGAGAAGUUCAGUGUAUCAUGGAAAAGAGGGGAGAGUCCCACGGAAUUGUUAAGAAGUGGAGUUCCUUGAUCAAGGCCGGCGGCUGGUUGGAGACCUCGCAUAUGAAAGAAAUCAUGAUCUACUUCAUGAAAAUGUAUAACAAGAAAGAUAGCACAUAUGCCGUCCUCCCAGAGAGCUUUCAAAUGUUAAGUGAGGUCAAUGCCACUACUGAACUAUUUCCAAUCCUGGACACCGGCCUCACGGAAAUAGUUCUUGGUAGAAGACUUUCCUCUUCUCCAACGACGUCAGCAGCCAUCGGCGCACGUCAGACUUUUCUCUUCACAAAAUUUCCAGUUUCCAGUUAGUGUCCAAGCUUCCUCUUGCUUCAGCCAGAGUUCAGCUUGAGGGGGGAUGUUAGACAAUAAUACUAAUAUUACUUCUGUGUAUAUUUUGGCUAACAACAAACACUGCCUCAUUUGUCAGUGCAUAAACAUCUUAAUUUGUAGGCUCUCGCAGUGAAUUGGCACCGUAUAUUCGACUAACACCAACCAAUGCCUUACACGGUGGCAGUUAAAGAGCGUCUCAAUCCUUAUGUUACGACACAGAGUGGCAGCGGCAAUGUAGAUUCAACUAGUAAUAAAUACCAGUGUUGUGGCUGUGUGCAAUCCUCUGCGGCUUCAUUCUUCCAUUUUAGUAGAUAACUCACACUGCCAGAGUUUGCACCUCAAAAGGGAAAUCUAGGCAUUGUAAUUUCAAUACAAUCAAAUCAAAGAAAAACUUCACUCAUUC